AUGGUCGCCUUAAUAAUUUCUAUAAUUACAGUUUUCUUCCUAAGCCAAGUGCUGGCGCAAGACCAAAAUGUAUUGGAGGUUAAUGGACGAGAAGGAGCCAACAAUACGACACUAAUGGAUGUGCAUAUUAGACUCUUCAACGAGCUGCUUCGCCAGGAAUCAUUGUCGAAGAAGAAUGUGGUAGACAGUUGGUACAGUUCUACCAACAGCAAUCGGGAUGCCUCGAAUGAAUUAGAGAAUAUUUUGUGGGACACGGUAGAUAGUUGUGAAUGGCCACUCGCACUGUAUUUAAUCGGUCAAUUCACGAAUAACACCCAAAACUCUACUGUGCAUUAUAUUGCCUUCAAAGUGUUGUGGCGAAAAUUAAAAGCAAAUAAAAUGCUGUACGAUCCCAGAAAUGUCAUCGAUUUAUAUUUGGCAAUGAGAAAUAUUACGCUGGAAGAGCACGGCAUUCACAAUCUAGGACAGUUUCAGUUACUUAAGAAGGAAGUUCGCGGAUAUCUCAUUGAGCGUAGUGCCCAAUUGCUUGAAGUGCCACUGCACCCCGCCAAUUAUAAUGAUACAAAUAUCAUUUGCGCCAACGACACAAGUUAUCCUCUAGUACGCCAGGUGAUCAGCCAAUUGAAUCAAUUGGAUGAAGAUAUUUUUGAGGAAGUUUUGAAUGUUACAUUCGAUGCUGCACAGCUGUUGGAAAGCGAUAGGAGUAUCGCAAAUGCCCUCAAUUGUUUGGGAUUAAAUUCUAAUCAACGGCUAAUAGCGCAUUUAACAUUUUUAAACAGAAAUAGCGACUUUCAACUGCUAUUGUACAGUGAUGUUCAGCAACUCUUAAGCGAAUGUGACAUGGGCAAGUUGCUGCCAAAGUACUUGAAGCAAAUCAGUGAUUUCAUGCCGGAAUCUAUGGUUGCAUUGCACAAAGCCAGCGCUAUUUGUAUUCAUAACACUACUGGCAGCUUUGGCUACCUAAGCGAGUGCGCACAAACGGCUUUGAUGUGCACGUAUUCCAGUGGGUACAAGUAUCGUUCAGUUUUCCAAAUAGAGCGUCUUCUGGGCAACAGGUAUACUUUCUAUAGCACAUUCUGGAUGCGCUAUAUAAAGCUGGAAACAAAUUAUUCCAAUGUCAAUAGCUCUAUGCCACCAGCAUUCAUUAAAAACGUGUACAGCUCAGAACCGCCAAGCGUAUGGCAGGCAGUAUUUGUUGGAAAUAGCGUUGCAUUGAUGGACGCCAGUAUGCGUCAAUACCUUUGUGGCGGUAAUCAAACAAUGUGGAGCAAAUCAGAGCAGUAUGUAUACACACGCCGAGUGGAGGACUUUCAGUUGUAUAAAAACGAGUGUCUCUGGCGGAUAGAGGACUGCAGCUACAUGAUCUAA